AUGAAGCUCAACCCGUGUGAACGUUUAAGAGAUGCAAUCACUACAGUCGUUACAAUAGCUGAGAUACUAAAGAAUAAUGGAUUAGCUACUGAGAAGAAGAUUUUGACGUCUACGGUUGGCAUGAAAGAUGAAAACAAGGGCCGACUGGUGCAGAAAGCCAGGAUUGAGAUUGUCCUGGGGAAGACUGAAAAGUUUGACACACGGGUAACUCCUACCACCACAGCACCUGAGGUGACUGCCAAUGACAAGGAUGAGAACAAGCAGUAG